UUCGGGAUUUGAAUUGUACAGAUAAUCGUAUCAAACCUGCGUCUAAGCAGUUAAAACUACAAUACCCCAAAGCCCUUUUGACAUGUGGGAUGUCGGGUCUUUUCUUAUGGCACUCAGCAGGUAAAAUAAAACUGCAUUCACAACUGGCAGAGUAAUGUUUUGGCACUGUCAUUAGCUCAGGACAAGGACGAGAACAACAUGGGAGACAAUAGCUGCACUAAAGCUGUCCACUUGUCAGAUCCACAGUUUUUUGACAAAUACUUUGAGAAGCUGCUGUGUGAGUUGACAGAACAGGAUUUCACAGAUCCGGUACUUGCUGAUGCUCUCAGCAGGCUCAGAGAGGUACUGCGGUACAAUGCCACAGGAGGCAAGAGGAACCGUGGUUUGUCUGUGAUUGGCUCACUGCGUGAGUUGGUCCCACCCUCCAAGCUAUCACCUGAAGAAGUGGAGCGUGCCCUGUUGGUCGGAUGGUGCAUUGAACUGCUGCAAGCAUUCUUCUUGGUUGCAGAUGAUAUAAUGGAUGCAUCUUUAACACGGAGAGGUCAGCCAUGCUGGUAUAAGAAGGAAGGCAUUGGCCUGGAUGCUAUUAAUGAUGCUUUUCUGCUGGAAGGGUCCAUCUACCGCCUUCUGCGUAGGCAUUGCAGAAGGCAGCCCUACUACGUCCAUUUGUUGGAGCUUUUUACUGAGACAUCGUUCCAGACAGAGCUGGGCCAAACCCUCGAUCUGAUGACUGCUCCCCCAAACGAGAUCGACUUAAACCGUUUUACCAUGGACAGGUAUAAAGCCAUAGUGAAGUACAAGACUGCAUUCUACUCUUUUUAUCUUCCAGUGGCUGCAGCCAUGUACAUGGCAGGAAUUGACAGUGAAGUGGAACACAACAAUGCUAAACACAUCUUGCUUGAAAUGGGAGAGUUCUUUCAGAUUCAGGAUGAUUACUUGGAUUGCUAUGGUGACCCUGCAAUAACAGGCAAGAUUGGCACUGACAUCCAGGACAACAAGUGCAGCUGGCUUGUGGUGACAGCACUGAGGGAGAUGACCUCUGAGCAGAGGGUGGAGCUAGAGGCCUGCUAUGGCCGGAGUGAUGCUGAGAGUGUAGAGCGAGUGAAGGCACUGUACGACACUCUGGAAAUGCCUCUCCGAUACCACCAGUACGAGGAAGAGAGCUACUUGCGACUCCAAGACCUCAUCCAGAGGCACGCUCAAAACCUUCCCCAUGCUGUUUUUCUUAACUUUGCCAAGAAAAUCUAUAAGAGAAACAAAUGAGGCAUGUUUUGUUUUGUUUUUUUGCAAGAGCAUGGAAAAGAUGUAAAGUAUGUUUAAUGCAAUACAGCACAAGAAGGAAAGUAGUGCAUUUGAUCAGUGGUGUAAAUAUGUUCUCAAGACUAAAGACAUGUAUUUCUUAAAAACUUUA